UACAAAAAGUAAAGGACUGACUGUGGGGGGGUUUGAUGUAUUGAUGUAUUGAUAGAUUUUACUGGAUGAGUGUAAAUACACUAUAACCCUGUGGUCUGAUGUUUUCUUUCUAUCUAAUAUCCUGUGUGGUACAGGUGGGUCCUUCAGCCCCAGAGGAGGGCUGGCAGGUAUACAGCUCAGCUCAGGACACUGAUGGUCGAUGUGUUUGUACAGUGGUCGCUCCUCAACAGACCGUCUGUUCCAGAGACGCUCGAACCAAACAGCUAAGACAGCUGCUGGAAAAGGUGCAGAAUAUGAGUCAGUCUAUCGAAGUUCUCGACCAGCGCACUCAGAGAGAUUUGCAGUUUGUGGAGAAGAUGGAAGUUCAGCUGAAAGGACUGGAGAACAAAUUCAAACAGGUGGAGGAAGGACAUGAGAGUAACAUCGCCAGGCAGUACAAGUCCAUCAAGGCAAAGAUGGAGGAGUUACGUCCUCUGAUCCCGGUGCUGGAGGCCUACAAGGCAGAUGCUCUGCUGGUGCGACAGUUUAAAGAGGAGGCAGCAAAUGUGACUGAGCUGCUGAGCUCCCUGCAGGAGCAGUUGGGAGGUCUGGACUAUCAGGAGCUCCACAGCAGAGUGACAAGCCUGGAGGACCGUCUGAGGGCCUGCAUGCAGAGGCUGGCCUGUGGGAAGCUGACAGGAAUAUCUGAACCAAUCACCAUCAAGACGUCUGGGUCAAGGUUUGGAUCAUGGAUGACUGACCCGCUCGCUCCAGCCGGAGACAACAGAGUGUGGUACAUGGAUGGUUACCAUAACAACCGCUUUGUUAGGGAGUACCAGUCAAUGUAUGACUUCAUGACAACAGAUAACUUCACCUCUCACCGCCUGCCUCAUCCCUGGUCUGGUACUGGUCAGGUGGUUUAUAAUGGCUCCAUUUACUUCAACAAAUUCCAGAGUCACACCAUCAUCAAGUUUGACUUCAGCACAUCGCUCAUCAGCCGGUCUCGCCAACUCGACUUUGCUGGCUACAACAACAUGUACCACUAUUCCUGGGGGGGACAUUCAGACAUUGACCUCAUGGUGGACGAGGGUGGGCUCUGGGCGGUCUACGCUACCAAUCAGAAUGCUGGAAACAUAGUUCUCAGCCAGUUAAAUCCAAAUAAUCUGCAAAUAAUCCGCAGCUGGACCACCAACCACCCAAAACGCAGUGCAGGUGAGGCAUUCAUGAUCUGUGGAACUCUGUAUGUUACAAAUGGGUACUCAGGUGGAACUAAAGUGUACUAUGCCUACUCCACUAACUCUUCCACCUACGAGUACAUCGACAUUCCUCUGACCAAUAAAUACAGCCACCUGUCCAUGCUCGACUACAACCCCCGAGAGAGAGCACUGUAUGCCUGGAACAAUGGCCACCAAGUCCUAUACAAUGUAACACUUUAUCACAUCAUACAGUAACAAUAAAGAACAAACACUAAGAAUAAAGAACAAACACAGUAACACUGAGGAACAAACACUAAGAAUAAAGAACAAACACAGUAACACUGAGGAACAAACACUAAGAAUAAAGAACAAACAGUAACACUAGAGAACAAAUACAAGUCCUUGAUAACUUAACUGCACUGCAUCAUAUAUUAAUAUUAAGAGUAAAUAUGCUAAGACACAUUGUCAUAUUCUCAGUGUUCUAUAGUCAGAAGACAGGAUUGUCAGGUUUCCCUGUGUGUGUCCAGGAUAGAAGCUGCAUUAGCUUAGCUAGCUUAGCACAAAUAAGAGAAACAGGUGGAUAUUCCAAGUGUGUCUGAUUGAAAUGUUGUAUCUUGUUAGCUAACAAGUCAGCAGCCCAUGUUGUUGUGUGCUGACUUUAGUUGUAAUUAGAGUUCAGACAGAGGAGGUGAAACCUGACAAUUUUGAGAUCCUAUGUUCAGUUACUGCACCCAGUUGCUCAACAAAAAGCUCCAGUACUGACUGCUGCUAAAACCACAAUGUUUGUUUUUUACUUUUGUAUUUCUACACCUGUUCAGGUGUAGAAACAGCAUAAUUUGUGCUAAGCUAGGCCAAACACAUCCUGGGGGAUCUCUGUACAGGAACAUAAAUACCCAAAUGUUGGACUGUUACCUUAUACAUUUGAGUUUUUUCAUUAAAUGAGUAUGAAGUUAAAUGUUGAGCCCGUUUUUCAGAUAAUGAUCCCAUUAACUGACACAAAUGCACUUGAAAUGUAAACACACUGAAACAAUUAUUCCAACUAAAGUUUGUCUUUCACAAUAAGAAAACACAGAAAUGUAUGUUUGAUGGUUGACACUAAAGAAUGCUACACAUCUUUUAUGAAUAGAUAUUUUUAUGGGACACUUUCUGACUUUAUGAAA